UCAGAGAAUCACAGCGUUGAGAGUUCGAAUGUCUCCUCUCCAACAAUUGACCCAAGAGGAAAAUAGAUGGAAAAUCAUACCGAUACCCUCAUUUCAAUUUGCGUGGAAUUAGCCAAGGUAGAGUGGAAAUAACAAAGCAGUAUAUUCAGGUGGUUUGCCGAGUUAAAAUUCUUCGGCUAUCUGAUAUUUUUACCUCCCUCGAUGAACUUUUCUCUCUCAUCUCUCUAUGUGUUAUAUAAACACCUCAUUCGAUAAUACUUUUUCUGGAUUUUCUUUUCCGUUUGUGUUCAUUUUCGUCUCUUCUUUCAAAUGGCUUCUUCUUCUUAUAGUCCCAAUGCUCGCAAAAAUCCCGACUCCGACGUACAAUUUGUUGCAUUUCCAAACGGAUUCGAUCCAAACUCAAUACCCAACACCACUUUUGUUCAAGCCGACCCUUCAACAUUCCGAGCCGUCGUUCAGAAACUUACCGGGACUACGAUCCUAGACUCAGCAGCCCACAAACUCCCAGCCACCACCCCCUCCUGCCACGCCGGGAAACCCAUCACAGGCGAAAUGGGUCCUAGGAAACCCGCCUUUAAACUGCAUGAAAGGAGACCAUCUGCAAGAAAGCUAGAAAUCAAGCUCGGAGGCGGCGGAGCCGCCGGUUCAAACUCAAUGGUUUCGCCUUCUACUGCAAGGCAUCAGCAGAGGAAUUUUUUGGGUAAUGGUGAAAUGGUAAUGGCUUCACCGGUUUCGCAAUUGGAGCUUUUUGCACGUGGGAGUCCAAGAACGCCGAGAUCACCCAUGGAGGAAGAAGAAAGAGCCAUUGCUGAGAAGGGGUAUUAUUUGCACCCAAGUCCAUUGAGCACUCCACGAGGGGCUGAACCGCCGGAGCUUCUGCCAUUGUUUCCAGUUCAAUCACCUGAAGAAAAUAAAUCAUUUUCUCUUUUUUAAUUAUAGUUGUUCAAUUUUUUGGAUUAUUGCCUUUAACUUUUUAUGUAUAAUCUCUGCACUAGCUAGCAGUGUAUAAAUAUCUAUGUCAAGAAUUUUAUUGCA